UUGAAAAGCGAGGACCCCAUCGAGUUUGUUGACAUCAAUGGCGUUCUUGGUAAAAAUAGCUAAUCGUAGAGUGUCCAUGCACAAAGAAUGUCUGCCACUGCCAUGAUACGUCUUGACCUCUUUCCAAGCCACCGCUAUCUUGAAAUCCAUAUGUGGUUUUCCGGGAAUGACGGCCUCCGGGCGGGUUUUUCCCUUCUCGGCUGAAUGGCGUUAGUCCAUCGGAGGUGUAUGAAUUUGCCCAGGAUCACCGAUCAGCACGGAAAGCAUGGGGUCGAAAUAUGUGUUCUUGCCCUUAUCCUUGUCCUUGUACAAAACUUGCUUUCGCUCACAUCAGUCCAGUCAUUCGAUGAUGUGGUGACAGUUUUGGAUUCUUGAGUGAUAAAAAUCGGCUUCCCAGGUACGAAGCAUGUACUUUUGGUAGUUUCCUUCCAGAAUAUAAGAUGGUACCUGUGGAUAUCAUUCGUUAAAUCAACUAUAUGUAUUACCUGACUAUAAGCUGUAGGUUACCGUUCUUACCAGCUGAUAUUGCCCAUGAUAAUGCGCUUUUCGCCAUAGUUGAGAUGCGUGUACAUAUGGAUCAAGGCCAUAAUGCUGGGUUCAAGGUCCGGGCUGGUGGACUGGCUGGGUUGGAUGAUAUAGGUAUUGAUAGCCAUAUAUUCUUCUUGAUUGAAAUGAAGGCUUCGGGUCAAACCAGAGGUGAGUAUGAUGCCCGAGUCCGCCGCAUAUCGUUGAUUCUGUUUUGUCGAUUCUUCUUGCAACGUCUUUUUCAACAAACGUCAUCCCUGUUGUCGAUACCGUUCCUUCAGCGUCCACCAAAUAAGCGUCGGAAUUCGUCACACCACGAUUCCCACCAAGGGGCUUCAACGAAGAUUUUCGGAGAGGGAGCAUCAGUAACGUCUUCGAUAAAUGUUCCAACUCGCAGUUCAGUCAUGCCUUCAGGUUUUGUCUACGGCUUCGUGUAACGGGUUCUGAACCUUCCACUGGCCGAUCGAAUGGUGUGUGUGCUUGUCAUCCAUAAACGAGAUAAAACGGCGUUUGUUUCGUUGUAUUUUGUUCCCCUAAAGCCCGGACGAUGGCCAUCGCGUCUUGAUACCGUUGCACCAUCUCGGAGGCCACCCAGAAAGGAUGAGGGUAAAAUGACCCGGCGACCCACAUCAGCAGCCGAAAUGUCUCGUCCAUUG